CACUCGUUGUACAAACACAGGGAGACCCCCGUGUGUUCCCGAGUAACUUGAACACAUGAUUCUCCUUUAAAUUUCCUCCGUGUCUGGAUGUGGCACCACCAUCAGCAGCAGCGGUGCUGCUUCUUGAUGUUGUGGUGCGGAAUACGCAUGCGCCCGGUAUUGGAAUUACUGCACAGGCGAGAAUAAGUUAGAUCUCGUCCAUCUUCACUAAAAGAAAAAAAAAAGAAAAAUAGAGAGAGGGAAAAAAGCAUAGUUUAACAAUGGUAGUUUUGAGAAUACGAGGAAUGAGGACAGUUGGCGUCUGGUUUUUUCCUUUCAUAGUAGCAGUGGUUCGCACUCAAAGUGUCGGUGCCAAUGACCCUAGCAAUAUGCCUUUGGUCAAAGAAACGGUGGAUAGGCUGUUGAAAGGUUAUGAUAUACGACUGAGGCCAGAUUUCGGAGGUCCUCCAGUUGGGGUGGGCAUGAAUAUAGACAUAGCCAGCAUAGACAUGGUAUCAGAAGUCAAUAUGGACUACACUCUGACAAUGUAUUUCCAGCAGGCCUGGCGAGACAAGCGACUGUCCUACUCUGAGAUCCCACUCAACUUGACCUUAGAUAACCGGGUGGCUGACCAGCUCUGGGUCCCAGACACCUACUUCCUCAAUGACAAGAAAUCCUUUGUCCACGGUGUCACGGUGAAAAAUAGAAUGAUCCGACUGCACCCUGAUGGCACUGUGUUGUAUGGUCUAAGGAUUACUACUACGGCUGCUUGUAUGAUGGACCUGAGAAGAUAUCCACUAGAUGAGCAAAACUGCACACUUGAAAUCGAAAGUUAUGGUUACACCACAGAUGACAUUGAAUUCUACUGGCGAGGAGGAAACAAUGCUGUGACAGGGGUGGACAGGAUUGAACUGCCGCAGUUCUCCAUUGUGGAUCACAAGCUCAUCUCCAAGAAUGUUGUUUUCUCUACAGGCUCUUAUCCUCGUCUCUCCCUGAGUUUCAAGCUAAAGAGAAACAUUGGAUACUUCAUCCUGCAGACAUACAUGCCUUCUAUCCUCAUCACCAUCCUCUCCUGGGUUUCCUUCUGGAUCAACUAUGAUGCCUCUGCUGCCAGAGUGGCUCUAGGUAUCACCACUGUGCUCACUAUGACAACCAUUAAUACACACCUGAGAGAAACCCUCCCCAAAAUCCCAUAUGUCAAAGCCAUAGACAUGUACCUCAUGGGCUGCUUCGUCUUUGUCUUCCUGGCUCUGCUGGAGUAUGCACUGGUAAACUACAUCUUCUUUGGCCGGGGUCCACAGCGUCAGAAAAAGGCAGCUGAGAAAACAGCAACAGCCAACAAUGAAAAGAUGAGGAUGGAUCCAAACAAGUGGCUGGUGGGGAAUGUAGUUGGAAGAGAUGACACUCUGUAUGCAAGAAUGAAACAAAGAGAUCUGGAUGGCCAUGACUCGAUGUGGGAACCGAUCUUUGUGGACGAUGCUGGAAUCGGACUUGGUGAUCAAAAGAAUAAGAUGGACCCACAUGAAAAUAUCCUGUUGGGCACACUGGAUAUCAAGAAUGACAUGGGUGUUACAGAGCUCGCUCUGGGUCUCAAUGACCCCCGAAAUACUAUGUUAACAUAUGACAGUUCAACUCUACAGUAUCGCAAAGCGGGUCUGGCAAGGCACAAUUUUGGCAGAAACGCGCUGGAGCGUCAUAUGACUCAAAAGAAGAGCCGACUACGGAGACGGGCUUCACAGUUAAAAAUUGCCAUCCCAGACCUGACUGAUGUAAACUCUAUUGACAAAUGGUCAAGGAUGAUCUUCCCAACUGUUUUUUCCUUCUUCAAUGUUGUUUACUGGCUUUAUUAUGUAAACUAGAAAAAAAAGGGACAUCAGUGAGGGCAAGUACACAGCAAAAUAUGUUGCUCA